UAUCUACGGUCACGACAUCGUGACUCAGGUACGGUCACUGUGUCACCUGCUUCCAGACGUCAUGGAAACACUGAUGAUGACUGCAGCAGAAGUGAAACGGGUCAUCGGAUAAUAAUGAACAUAGUGGUCGUCAUUUACUCUCGACAUCUGAGCCGCUGAAGAUGCAGUGGAUUACGUUUGUUUGUGAAGGGAAUGCGCCUCCCGAUCUACAUAUAUCCAUCUAUGUUUGCGCGAAUCAUUCAUGAUCCAGCUUCACUUACAGCAGAAAUAUUUCCGUUACACGUGGAGACAUAUUAAAACAGGAUAGAGAAACUCCAUCAAACCCUUGAUAAAGGGGGAGGACGGAAGCUUCACAUGACCAUAAAAACCAUACGGACAGGAGAGCUGACCAGGUGUGAGGGUUACCACGACAACUACAAAGAGAGAGAGAGCUCUCCAGUGUUUACAGGCUGUUUGACGUCAGAGAGAUUCUUAAUCUGUGGAAAUAAGGAGGAUGCAGUUUAGCUCAAAAUAUAACUGCUUCACCUGCAUCAUUUUGAAGGACUGUCCCAUUUCCACAUUGUGGUAGGUUAUUGGUCAGUGAUCACAGACUAUGAGACUCUUCCACUGUGUGAAUCAUUUAUAUAGAGUGCAUUUCUCCUGAAGAUGAAUGUAAAAUGACUAAAACAGCAUUGAUGUGUGUUUGGUAUCAGUCAGGAUAUUAAUCACACAUGGACCGGGCUUGUGACUGAUCAUCAGCAACAGUAACAUUAAUGUUAGUUUGUUUCAUCGUGUCAUUUGAUGGCUCUUUACUAUAUUAUUUCUUUCUAAAUGAAAUUACCUUUGCUGACUCUGUAAUACAUCCCAAUGUCUAUACAGUAUUUAUGUGUUUUGAUAAUCCAACCCAUAAUGGUUAAGUCCUCGGACAGCAAUCAAAAUAACACAGGUACAAUCCCAGGUGAAGGAAACCUGUAAACUACAGACUUGCUGAAAGAACUCUAUCACCAUUAUAUCCUUGAGGUAACUUGGUCCGUAAACAUCAACCAUAACAGGUAUAGAUGUUUCCAACCUUCACUCGUCUGAAAAAACAACUGUACUCUGCUUAUAGUUACGUAACACAAAAUCAUUUUGUAAUCAUGUGUAAUGUGUAGAAGAUAGGAUGUGAAUUGAAAAAUGACACCUUUCACUGUAAAUAGAAAUUCCAUUAUUGAAGAGCAGGUUUCUAUAAAACUAGGGCACCUUGAAUGAAAGAGAAAGCCAGAAAAAAGCAGGAAAGAGAGCUGUAACAGUACCUGAGGUAAAGUUACUGGUGAGAAAACUCUGCCAAUAAGGAAAGAAUUUCUGAGUAUUAGGUUUCAUCCUUAAAAACUCUUGUGUGAACCCAGCACACUUGAUCUGAAAUGAUUUCUUAUCACUUAAACUGACUCUUCGUGCUUCAUAGACAAGAGCAAAUAAUCUGAAAGAGGAGGGUGAGGAGCCAAAUUAGUGAAAUGAUGCAGUGGAAUCAAUCUAUAUAAUCAGACACCGAAUCAUCUUCCACUCAUGUGUGUCUUAUCCCCCUACAGUGAAUUGAUUUAUUACAUAACUGGAAAGUUAUCCAAUCAGACAGAGAUAAUUUGUCAUUCAAAAUGAUGAAAAAUAGGUUGUGUGAAGAAUGCACGCUUUAAAGGUUAAAUCGAUGAGUGGUCCACUGCCUUUAAUGGUUCAAAUUUCAUAAACAACCCCUCUGUAGUCUAUAAUCCAGAAGACAUCACACGGUCUGUUUGGGGUCUUAUUGCACUCCUCCAAAACAUCAUCAUAUAUUUAUAACCAUUUAUUUGUUGUUAUAAGAUUUGGUUUUAUUGUCAGCACCUAAAUGUCAUCUUUAGUUAUGUAUGACAUAAAAUGAGAUCAUAUAGACCAGUUCACAUUUGUGACACUGGACCACAAAACCAGUCGUCAGUAGCACAGAUUUCGUAGCAAUAGAGCAAUAGCCAAAAAUGCAUUGUAUGGGUCAAAAUGAUCGAUUUUUCUUUUAUGCCAAAAGUCAAUAGGAUAUUAAGUAAAGAUCAUGUUCCAUGAAGAUAUUUUGUAAAUUUCCUAACGUAAAUAUAUCAAAACUUAAUUGACCUUAAUGACUGGUUUUGUGGUCCAGGGUCACAUUUGAGACUCUUAUUGUCAGUACUGUAAGUAUUGUAAGAAUUUAAUAAGUACAACAAGAGCUAUGACGUUAUUAGAUCUAUUUACAUGUGUCCUCUUGCGUUGUCAGUUCAAGUUUACAUUUUUGCCCUUUGUAAUCAACUCAAAAUGUAAUUGAAAUCUAUUUUAAUCUCCUCCAUCAAAUGGUUUUGCAUGAAUUGAACAUGACUAAAUUAGUUUCUGUGUCAUCGGCAAGGAUUUGUAGGUAUUUUGUGGUUAUGAAAAUAUUGUACCAUUGGUUUUAAAAGUGGAAUUUGGGUUUGCGUAAUAGACCGCCAAGGCUGUAUACUGUAAUAGAUUCAGGCUUUCAUGUGCGUCAUUGACUGAAGCGUUCGGAAAUCAAUGCGCUGUCGCUUUAAACGAAGUGAAAGGGGUGUCACCACUGAGCGAGAGUAGGACGGAACAACAUUGAAUAUGUAUCAGUCUAGUUACCCCUUAGAGACUCAACGCAGAUGAAUGAUACAGAUUUGGAAGAAACACGCACGGGCACUUCGCUUUAAUCACGUCCAAAUUAUCCGACACUUCCAGAGAAGUGUAAAUGGGCAGACUAUAGAUGCUCAGUGGAUGAAGGCGACUUGACAGUGCAGACGAGCGCACGUCGCUUAAGCCACACAUAUUACUGCUUGCGAUUUUUGAAUUGGAUUUCAACAAUUUUGCAAUCUAUCUCACCUCUAAGAUAUUGUUAUUGUUUUCCGAGUCCUUUUUUUUAUUAAUUCACAGCCGAUAUGGACACCAUAUUGGACAACUUCGCUUCGGACAAACUUUUUCCCAAUUCCAACCUGUUGGACCUAGAGGAUCUGAAUGAGAGCGAUUUCUUAUCCAAUGUGCACUUCUCUGAGCAGAUGGAGGAUUUCUCCAAUGACCUUUUCAACAGCUUCUUCGAUGAUCAUCUGUUGGCGGAGAGGAACCCAUUGUUGGAUAUGGAUCUGGACCCUCCAAACCCUGACAUCCAGGCAGAACACAGCUACUCUCUCAGCGGGGACUCUGCCCCACAGAGCCCCUCCAUGCCCAUUAAAUCAGAUGAUGAUGCAGACUCAGAAGGGAUGUGGUCAUUCAGUCAGGAUCUCACAGCCAUUCUAGUGAAGCAGGAGCCCAGCCUGAUGUCAGAAAACUGCCCCGACACAGCGCCCCCUCUGGCCAACACCAGCACCUGCUCACACCCCCUCACUCUUGCCCCUCCACCACAGAGGAACCACACAGGAGAGAAGAGUUCCAAAGGCCCAAGCUCAAACUCUGUUCCUGCCAUCAAAGCAGAGCCCAGAGAGGUGAACCAGUUCCUCAGUGUGCCCUCAGAUGAGCAUCUGCGGUUGCCGCCCACUCCUCCCAGCAGCCAUGGCAGCGACAGCGACGGAUCCCAGAGCCCACAUUCACUGCCACCAUUAAGCCCUGGCCACCUGCAGAGCCCACAUUCACUGCCUCCGUCCAGCCCUGCCCGGCUACAGGCCCGAACCUCCACAGCCAUCUCCUCGUCCCCUCUCCUUACUGCCCCGCAUAAGCUGCAGGGAACAUCAGGCCCUUUGAUGCUGACAGAGGAAGAGAAGAGGACUUUGAUCGCUGAGGGAUAUCCUGUACCAAACAAACUACCACUCACCAAAACUGAGGAAAAAGCCCUCAAACGGGUGCGCAGGAAAAUCAAAAACAAGAUCUCUGCACAAGAAAGCCGGAGAAAGAAGAAGGAAUAUGUGGAGUGUUUGGAGAAAAAAGUUGAGAACUAUACUUCAGAGAACAACGAACUGUGGAAAAAAGUAGAGACGCUCGAGAAUGCAAACAGGUCUCUACUCCAACAGCUACAAAGGCUUCAGGCUCUAGUGAGUGGGAAAGUGCCUCGGUCCUGCAAAAUCGCCUCCACGCAGACCGGAACCUGUCUCAUGGUGGUGGCGCUGUGUUUUGUGUUGGUGCUGGGCUCGCUGGCUCCCUGCCUGCCCGAGCUCUCCCUCUACUCUUCCUCCUUAUCCUCAUCAUCCUCACACACGGUGAAGUCCGCACCGCUGCCCUCAGGUGACCUCUACACCACCAGCCAGGUCCGCUCCCGCAGCCUGCUCUUCUAUGACGAGGGUGCCCCAGUGGAGGACGGCCACAGGGGCGUGCUGAGUGUGGAGAGGAUGGAGGGGGUGCCGCGACAUGUACAGGACGUGAAAGACAGCCACGAGAAGGAUCAUUCUGCUCUUGUGAGCAGAUACUUGAGCCAGGCCCAACCGGAGCCUGCAAGCUACAGCAACACAUCCGCGGCCCCACUCCGUCCCCCUGAACCACACUACCACUCGAGAAAGCCGGAUCCUGAGGGAGGAGCUGAAUAUUUCUAACCCUUCUGGGUGGAGCUGCCUCAUCACACAGGCCUCCACUGACAUCCGACGAUCCUGCACUACUCGGCCCUCGACCCUGACCGUUACAGAUCCUGAGUCUCCUGACCUGCCCUAAAAAACCAACAAGCCUCAUGAGCACGAUCCGACCCACUCGACAUGCAUUCCAAUGACAUUCAGCCCCAGAGCUGUGAGAAGAGAAAUGUGUCCAUCCAUACACUGAAACUCCCCUUUACCAGCAAGCACUGAGUUUAAGGACUAAGAGAGAGAAGAGAGGAUGUGGGCGGUUGUAGAUGCUGCUCUGUUUUAGAUGGAUGUGAGCCUGCAGCUCUAAAUUCACUAAACGCUUUAUACACAGGGUGUGGGAGGGAAAGUUCAUGAGUGUUUGUUUUGAUUUUCCUAAAAUGCCAUGAGACUGUCCAUUUACUACAUAUCCUUACUUAAACCCCAAAGAACUUCUUGUUUCUGUUUAUGACUUCUUUUUAAAUCUCUAAAUGUUUUCCAGCAGGUGUAAUCACAGGUGCCUGACGUGCUUUGCGGUUUUGCAAAGCUUGCUUCGACAGGAUUUUCUUCCUCUGCCAUCUUGGCUUGUUUUUCCCUAAUAAGUUUAAGCUGGAUUGCACUUGUUUUGCACUAGGAAAACGAAUUGAUUUAAGUGCCUUCACAUUCUUUUUCACGUAAUCAUAUUUAAGAUGCUCCUAACCACAUAGUUUCCUCUUAAACCUCUCUCUUACUUUGCUUACUUUUAUUAAUGCAUUUUAUUUUUGUUUUCUACUUUUAAAAGGCAGAGGCUUUUGUACUGAAUUAAAAAUUUUAUCCAUAAUAUAUUCUAGUAUUUGCAGCAUCCAAAAAAAGAGCAUAUUUAUUUUAUGCACAAAAAAAUGAUGAAAGUUAUUGUGUGUUUUUUUUAAAUGAAAGAUGAUGUAACGUUUACAUGAUCUUGUUGUCAUAACUGUUAAACAGUUUUUUCUGUUAUCUUUAUUUCUGUGUAAAGAAAGUUUUGUAUAUAUAGAGAAAAAUGAACAGGGACGAUCAAAUCCUGUGCGUGUUUAACCAUGUUCAAUCUCUGAAGAAUUCUGCACAAUCCACAUGAAUACAUUAAAAACAUUGGCUAGAAUGGAUACAAAGUGAAAACAAACAGUCAUUCCCUUUAAGAAAAGUGAACCUCUUUAAAAUUAAUGUUAUUUAAACACAUUUCUCUGAUUAUAGAAUACUUCUUUUUAAUGUUAGUCUAGACUGUCUGUAUUCUGUACAUGAGCGAACUGUUUGACCACUGUAAAAUGUACCGCAAAUAUCUGGGAGUUGAUAGUGCAGUUGUGUAAAUAUGCUUUACAAAAUCUUCUUUUUUUCUUUUGUCACUGUUUAGAAACAAUUUGUUAAUCAUAAAAUAUUUUUUGUUAAAUCAUUUUUCAUAAUGUCCUCUGAUGCUUCAACCACAAUAUUAUUUUUUAUUGUACAGUUAGAGAUAACCACUGAUAGACAUGAUAUUUUAAUGCUCAAGUUUUUUUUUUUUUUGCCUCUGAUUAAAUUAAAGUAAGUAAAAGUGGUUGUCAAAAAGGAAUCUGUCACUGUCAGUUUUUAUAAAAGACUUUGUGGUAUAUGUGCCAUAACAUAAUGAAAAACUGUAGAUAACGCCCUGUUAUCAGUGCAAAACUGAAUUCACCA